CCUUUUGCACUUCCCGUCUCUUCCAGUAGUUCCACCACCCACCAGCAGAUAGACGGGACGCUGCUCGACCGAUUCGGGUGUCUCGUUUAAACAUAUGGCAAAAACAGCCCUCUCUCUUUCUUUCAUCGUUGGGCCCACUACUCUUUAAAAAUUCCGCCGAAAAAGAGAAGACGAUUUUCCAAAACCUUUCGGCCGUUAUCUCACGGCUCCCCCAUCUCUGCACAGGUGUAUGAGCGCUACCCAGAGGGCCUAGGGGCGGCCCUUUACCGGGAGCACUUUGACUUCAACGCUGAGCCACCUUGGGAUCCUAGCUGAUAGUGGGACAGGUCCAUCUCCUGACUUGUCCAUUUUGUUGCAUACCAGCAGGACCCCAUUGGCUCAGUCGUGACCCCUUGACUUGCUUUUCUGUUCUUUAUGAUCGCCGGCUUAGUAGAAUACGGUUAAGAUGAAGGGACUCCCCGACAAACCAAACUACAUCAUUGAACUCCUGGAGGGGGGUGUUACUCUGGAAGACGUCAUUGAUGGACACAUCUGUGAACAGGCUCAGGUGGAGAAGAGUGCGUUUGUAGUGGGAGACCUUGGUGCCCUGAUGCGCCAGCAUGUAUGUUGGCAGAGCGUGGUGCCACGGCUGCAGCCAUACUACCCAGUCAAAUGCAACAGCAGCCCUGCAGUCAUCGAGGUCCUGGCCUCCUUGGGCCUGGGCUUCAUUUGUGCCAACAAGGCUGAGGUGAGCCUGGUUCUGGAGCAUGGUGUGCCGCCAGAAAAUAUCAUCCUGUCUGGUGUUUUCAAGCAGCUGGCACACAUCAAACACGCCGCCAAGAACGACAUCCAGCACCUUGUGUGUGAAAACGAGACCGAGUUGACCAAGAUUGCUCGCCUGCACCCAAAUGCGAAGUUGCUGUUGCAGUUGACGACUGAAGCCCACGCGGCUGAGACCAGCAUGCCCUUUGGUCUUUCUCUGAAGAGCUGUCGACAUCUGCUGGAGAAGGCCAAGGAGCUGGGUGUCCAGGUGGUGGGAGCAGCCUUCCACAUCCCGAGCUCCUGCCAAGACCUGCAGCAGGCCUACACUCGUGCACUGUCUGAUGCUCGCUGCGUGUUCGACAUGGGGGUGGAUCUGGGUUUUAACAUGUACAUCCUGGACAUCGGGGGUGGAUUUACUGGCUCAGACUUUCAGCUCAAACAGGUUGAGUCUGCAGUCAGGCCGCUCCUGGAUGCUUACUUCCCCCCCCUGUCGGGUGUGCAGGUGUUGGCCCAGCCUGGAUGCUUCUACGUGGCUUCAGCUUUCUCCUUGGCUGUUAGUGUCAUCGGCAAGAAGAUGGUUACCCACCACUGGGAUGACUUGUCUCCAUGCGAGAAGAAUGAGGAUGCUGAGUUCGUGUACUACAUGACUGAGGGAGUUUACGGCUCAUUCAACCACAAGCUGCUGGGAAACACCGUUGCUGCCCCGUCUGCACACAAGCACGCGUUGUGUCUUGAUGAGGCCGUGUAUCCCAGCAGCCUUUGGGGCCCGUCCCUGGAUGAGCUGGACCAGGUGGUGGAGCGCUGCCUGCUGCCUGAGCUCAGCGUGGGAGACUGGCUGCUCUUCUCCAACAUGGGGAUGUGCCACCUGGAGGAGUUCAGCUGGGCCGCCAGCUCCAGCCAGCUGCCGGUCUACUACACCAUCUCCACCUCUGACUGGUUUGAUAUGCAGGAGGCCGGCGUGGCUCUGGACAGCGCCCUGAAGAACUUCUCCAUGCUCCAGUACAGCGCGUAACCCCCCUUCCUCCCUCCAGCCCUGUCCUGGUUCAUAUUGCACAGAUCUUUCUUACCUCUGCUUUCACCGUGUGAGAAGAGAGGUCGGCGUGGUCUUUGGGAUAAUGUGGUCAACAUUCCAGCCACCUUGGAAAAUCCAUCACAAAUCCAUCCUUUUUGUUUUUUUCUUUCUCUUCUACCAGAGUUAGAUUAACCGUUGCCUCUAGUGACGAGAAAGUGUGAUUGUGUAAGAUCCUGGAAGAUAAUUAAGAGUUUGUUUUCUUAAAAGAACUUUAGCCCAAACUCAAAUGAUAUUAUGCAACAAAAUGGACGACUCUUUGGAGAUGGGACCCCUCCUUCCCAGCGUGUUUGAGAAGGUUUGUUUCUUAAAUCUAAUUCAGUUUACAAAAUGUAUAAUUUAAUCAGUUGAUUCAAAUGCAUAGAUGUUUAAACUCCGGUGCAUUUUUGUCUGAUUAUUUUCUUUUUUAUUAAUCAUUUCAAGGAUUCUGUACGUCAGACCUAUUACUUUGCAUAUUUCAUUAGAAAUGACAAUGAUCUAACCUGUCGCUUUAUUGUAUUUCCCCUUAAUGUUUUUUAAUUUUUAUUUAUUGGACAGAUACUACUGUGGCAUAUUUAAAAUCCCAUCUUUCAGUGUUUGCCCAGGUAUCAUGUUGUGGCCCACCUGUCAGUGUUCCUCAUAAUUUAUUUAUGUUGUGCUGUUUUGUUUUUGACCCAGUAAAGCUACAGGAUUAGAUGUGUUAUUUUUAUGUGUAACCUCUGGGCAAGGCAGGAUGUCUGGGAAAGCUUCCCGUGAUUGCACAGAAGCUGCAUCAUAAAACAUUUCUUUCCUUUAGCAAAGAAAAAGUCUAAUCUGGUUCAAAAUGCUCAAAAUUUACUGUUAGAUAUAAAAAAAAAGCAUUUGGCAUAACGACCCUGAGCUCUCAGAUCUUCACAUUGGUGUCCUUGGUUGAUUACUGCUAGCUGAGAAGCUCAAACUCCAAAUACUUCAAGAUAUUUAAACUAAAAGACAUUGCAUUGGUAGUCCACAGGCUUCUGAAAGGAAAUGCUAACAAGUAACACGCUUUCCUCGUGCCUCUUUAAAACACAAGAGGUGUAAAGCACAGUGUCUUGUACAGUUUUGUGGUAAAUAAGAGCGGUGACGUGACUUUAAAGCCGUUUUCAAUUGAUCCUGCCCUUGUGUUUUACAAGUGACUAAUGUAUUAAUUACUUGUAUGAAGCACUAAUGGACCAUAGCCUGUUUUUGACUGUAAAUGUGCUUGUUUAAAGUGAUUAAUUUAAUACAUUUCUGACUGAAA